CUGGAAAGACAAGGUCAGCGUCCUGUCCGCCAGAGGACUUCCUACUGUUGUCCAGCAGUGGUCGCUCUUCUCUCAUCAAACUUCCUCGACUGUGAACUGCAAACCGGAAGUGACGGCUCGCUUUCAAAACACGGCGCCAGUGGUCGUUGCACCAAAGAGAACUUAACAAUAUGCUGCAUUUCGGUUAACCGGAACACAGGAGCAGGAGAGGAAUGCCAGCAUCAGAACCGGUCCGGUUUGGUCGGAAACGCGCCUUGCCCCCUUGUCCGAACCCCCUGUUUCUGCAGUGGUUAACGGAGCUACAUGACCAGGCGAAGGAGCGGAACCUAAAGACCCAACACGUUUACCAGAAGGCCAUUAGCUCCCUGAAGAAAUACCCCCUGCCACUCCAGAACGCGCGCGAAGCCAAGAUCCUUCAGAACUUUGGGGAUGGAAUCUGUAAGAUUCUAGAUGAGAAACUGCAGAGACACUACAGAGAGAACGGACCUGACGCCUCCAUCCACUCCCUCCCCCCUGGCAUAAACAACAACAACAUCCUGGCUCCGCCCAAAGCCCCCACCUCAGGCUCCUCCAAUCAGAGGAGAGCACAGGGGAAGGCCGAGGGAGAUGGAGGGAGGAGGAAGAGAGAGUAUGUUCCUCAGAGGAGGUCAGGGGGCUAUGCUGUUCUCCUCACCCUGUACCGACAGUCUCAGGUUCCAGGCAGUAAGGGUUUCAUGUUCAAGAUGGAGUUACAGGAAGCUGCUCAGUCACUGUGUGAGAAGUCGUUCUCUGUGCCAGAUCUGGGGAGUAAGUACACAGCCUGGGCCUCAGUCAGCACUCUGAUCCAGAAGAACCUGCUGCUGAAGACACACAACCCUGCCAGGUACUCUCUGACUGAACUGGGCCUGGCUCUAGCUAGACGUCUGGAUUCUGGAGAGAGAGGAGGAGAAGAGGAGACCGGAGGAGAAAGAGAGUUAGAGGAAAAGAGGAGAGGUGAGGAAAGAGAGGAGGAGGAGGAGAGGAGAGGUGAGGAAAGAGAGGAAGAGGGAGGUGGAGUAGCUGUUGUGGACCUCACCAUCGAUGAAGGCGACAAAGAGGAGGUGGUGGAGAAGAAAAAGAGUCCCAAGACGCCAGCCUGCAAUGCCCAGAGCAGCAGUGAGGAGACUGGGGUUGGGUCUUCAGGAAAGGCCCAGGCUUCAGACACACAGAGCAGGCCGCCCGGAGCUCGUCUCUACCCAGGCAGCUAUGACAUCAUUCUGUGUGUGGACUUCAUUGAGACGACCGGGGGCUGCACAGCCAGGAAGCAGGAGCUAGUGAAGGAGCUGCAGAGAAACGGCGUGACCUUUGACAUCAGGAAGUUGAACGUCGGAGACUUCUUGUGGGUGGCCCGUGAACGAGUCGCCCCUGUGGCAGGCCAGCUGCGUGCCCCCCCAGCCAGGGAGCUGGUUCUUGACUACAUCGUGGAGAGGAAAAGGAUGGACGACCUCUGUGGCAGCAUCAUCGAUGGGCGAUUCCGAGAGCAGAAGUUCCGUAUGAAGAGGUGUGGUCUGAGGAGGCCUGUGUACCUGGUGGAGGAGUGUGGUACUGCAGCCUCUCAUCUCAGCUUACCUGAGAGCACCCUGCAGCAAGCCAUCAUCAACACACAGGUGGUGGAUGGGUUCUAUGUGAAGAGGGUUCAGGAUGUGAGAGAGUCUGCUGCCUACCUCACCGUCAUGACCAGAUACCUCAGUAAGCUGUACCAGAACCGCACCCUCAUCUGUCGCUCCAGAGAACUGGAGGGGGAGGGGGAGGAGGGGGGGGGGAGGGAGAACACAUCCUGCUCUCUCAUCUCCUUCCCUGAGUUCAACCAGGGAGCAGUUAAAAACAAGUGCCAGACCGUGAGGGAGGUGUUUGCCAGGCAGCUGAUGCAGAUUAGUGGUCUGUCUGGAGACAAGGCCGCAGCCAUACUGGAGAACUACAGCACCCUGACCAGUCUCCUGACAGCAUACGAGGGCUGCAGCUCUGAGACAGAGAAGGAGAAGCUGCUCUCCUCCAUCAGAUACGGCAAACUGCAGAGAAAUCUGGGUCCAGCUUUGAGUCGCACAGUGUACCAGCUGUACUCUACUCAAGGAGCGUUGUCAUAGAAACACACACACACACUAAUGCCGUCCUCAUCUAUGUAUUGAGUAAACGGCUUCUGUAAAUGUUUUCUGUCAAAGUUAUUGUUCUAAAAGUUAAAGAAAUUAUUUUUAUACAAAAAUAAAGUUUAUUAUGUUUAACA